AGCCCGCGGGGCAGCGCCCGGCGGAGCGGGGAGCGCCCGGCGGAGCGGCGGCCCCGUUCCCGUUCCCGGGAUGAGCUUCCCGCGGCCCCUCCGCCGCUCCGUGAGCCUCAGCCCGGCCCGGACCCUGCGCCUCGUCGUGCUGGGGCAGAGCGCCGUGGGCAAGACAGCACUGACCGUGAGGUUCAUCACCAGGAGGUUCAUUGGAGACUACGACCCAACCCUAGAAAUGAUUUACAGACACGUGGCUGUGAUGGAUGGGGAGAUGGUGCACUUUGAGAUCCUUGACACGGCGGGACAGCAGGAGGAGGAUUCCCUGCAGAUAGAGGAGAAGAUCAAGUGGGGCGAUGGCUUCGCUGUGGUCUACUCGGUCACUGACCGGUGCAGCUUCGACGAGGUGAUGCGGCUCUGCUUCCUCAUCAACCACAUCCACUCCAGCCCCAAGCGGAGCAGCAGCAGCGAGCAGCCCCCCGUGGUCAUCGUGGGCAACAAGAAGGACUUGCAGUUCGACAGGAUGGUGUCCACAGAGGACGGCGAGAACCUCUCCAAAGCCUUGAAGCUUCCUUUCUACGAGAUCUCCACCCGGGACAGCUACGAAGAGACCGUGGUGGUGUUCAACACCCUCUACCAGGAGCUCAUGAGACAGGGGCAUUUCUCCCCAGGCUCCUUCAAGAGGAGGACAGUGUCCAAGCUGAUGGAGAAGAUCCCUAAGAUGCAAGCCAGCUCCACCUUGAACUCAGCAGGCCGGAGCCUCAGCUUUAACUCCUUCAGGGACUACAUCCCUGAGUGAGCACCCGUGGGGUGGGGACCAGAGCGACGGCCAAGCCAGGACCAAGGGAUGGGUCACCCUGCUGCUGGAACCCCGAGUUGAGGAGCAGCUCCUGGGGCUGUGCUGGCUCCCAGAAGGGGACAGUUAAGAAGAGGGGUGGGUGGGGUGGGGAUCCAACAGCCCGUGGGGUUUUACAAACAGGCUUUGUGUCGGCAGGGAAGAUGCUCUUCAUUCAUCUCACCCCUCUGCUCCCUCUUCCUCCUCCUGCAUGGCCAAAGUCAGUAGGGAAGGUGGUUCCUGGUGGCUUCAAUGGUGUUGGGUCACCCCUCAAAGAGCCCGGCCGGCUGCUUUGCCCACCCACAGCCCCCAGGGUCUGUCUGUCAGAGCCCAGGGCUGUUUCUGCCUGGUUUUCCCCUGGCUUUGUGACUUGGAGCCAACGCAGAGGGGCAGACCCCUGGGAUCCCCCAUCUUGCCAAGGAGCUGCCAGGUCCCAGCAGUGCUGGAGCCCUUCUCUCCCCUGGGCUGGCACCAAGCCCAUAUUAAAAAGUAAUCCAGGGAUCUGUGUACAGGGGUGUGUGUGUGAAAUAACCCAUUAAUCUCUUAAUGUUUUUACCAUUUUGGCCUCCUUUAAUAACACUGUAAAUGAAGCCCAGGGCAAAGGGCAGUGGUGGCAGCAGAUGUUCCUGCUCCAUCUCCAGCUGGAGGCACUUGGUGGUUUGCUGGGGCUUCUGCCUGUGCUGAAUCUGCCCCUCGUUUUGCAGCUCCAGGGGAGGCAAAUCAGCCAGAUCCCGGGUCUGAUGCACAGCAAAACCCUGGGCUGAGACCACACUUCUCCAUCCUGGAGGCAGGGUAUUCCCGGGGCAGCUUCUUCCUUUACUGCUGAGUGUGGCAAGAGCAAAGCCACCAGGUGGGAGCUGGCAUCACUGGAUGCAACGGGGCCAAGAGCAGGAGGUGCAAAGGUUGUUCCUGGUAGGGACCCCUCGUCUGCUGAGGAACUGCCCCAAAUCACCACACCUGAGAGUCUGUCCUUUUGCCCGGAGGGGCAGGGCAGAGCGGGGCUGGCAGCGGCACCAGCUCCAUCCAGCAGCCCCUCUCCCUGCUCCUGCUGGUGCAGGGCCCUGCUGGGGGUGGGGCUGUGGGAGACCCCCGGGGUCACUCACUGUCUCCCCCCCGGAGCCACCGAUCACAUCAUGUGCUGCUGUGUCCUGUGACAAUAAAAGCUGAGUCAGCUGC